UGUGGAUAAUACCCGAGGAACAGGGCGCGGCUGACUGUAACAUGGCAGAAGCAACAAAUGGUACGUGACAUCAGAAUAUUAUAGCCAGUCGGUAAUGCACUCUAUCUGUUUUGUAAUGUCGAACCCCUGUCAGCAGCAGUAAAAGAAUAUUUAAAUCAUUUUUCCCGACUGUGAAUAAUUUUUCGCGUAAAGUACUUUGUUAUUUAGUCGGGGUGGAUACAACGGACGUGAAAUUAAAGCAAUUGUGGGUAAAACCGUACUGACCAAGCCAGAAUCGUCUAUAGCCAUUGAAAAUGUUAGUAAAUUAUUCUAAUUAAGCCCUGACGUAACAAUCAUUUCAAAUCAAACAAAAGUGAAAGCCUUGAUUGACUCCGGUCAAUAAAAUUAAUGAAUAUUGCCAGCCUUGAUUACCUUGGCAAUCCAGACACCUUCCAUUUUGCUAGUAUCGAAUAAAUUUUCAAAUUUUGGCUGUUCAAAUUUCAAUUGAAAAACGAUAUCGAGACGAUGAACGAAAGGGGGUUCGCUAUGGUUUCUGACUCACGCUGCGCAUUUGGCGUCGAAUAAAAUAUUCGGAUAGCAACCAAAAGCAACUUGUCAUUGCUAUACACACACGCAACUUUUUUAUUUUAUUUAUUUUUUAUUAUUAUUAUUUUUCUAAUUUUUUUGGGCACAAGUUGACAGGUGUCACUCCUGAAUAGAAAAGCCAAACAAGGCUGGAUCCAAACUCAUUUCCGAACAUUAAUCUUUAUUUGUGGCGCACUUAUACAGUCUGGCAAACCAGCAGUUCGCGUGUCAAUUGAAAACAAAAAAUUUGAAAAACAAUUCUUCGCUCAGAAACCAGUUCAUUCUGGUUACCUAGUACACUGCGUGAAAACUGUCAGGUCGGACUUCGGCCUUUAAGUCAAUUUUUUAAUUAUUUAAAAUAAGAAGUUCAGAAAAUGUUCAUUUAAAGGUCAAGUUUUGGACAGUUUUGAAAAUCUGAUGUCUUUUAAUAGCCCCAAAUGGACACAUCUUGCACCCAUGUGUACGCCACUGAAUACUACUAUGAGAUCCAGUUCAUACAAACAAGAAUCGUCCUAUCUAGAUACCUAUGAUGAGUCGGAUUUUAAAUUGAUCGGCUUCCGCGUGAAAGGCAACAACUGGCACUGAUGCGAUAGAGUGCCACCCCCUUUGUAAAGCUCCUUUCCACAGACUGAACAAGUCCCUUCCCCAAAAAAUGUGGAGACCGAAUCAUCAUAAACAUUUCAGAUUGGUACUAUAUGAGGCCUUGUACGCACACGUAUUUCGGAAACACAUUUCUCGUUCGGAGCACGCCUCUCCAAACGUGUUAGUAUACCGUAGCUCGUUUUAAAACUGGGCGCACACAACCGAUGAGGUUAUUCACUGAUCCACCUUUCGACAAAGUGGCAGUCCCCUGACACUACCAACGGCGAAUGCGUCGGUCAGUAAUUAUUCCGAAUCCGGCGUUUAACAAGGGCCGGAGGACGAUUUUCAACCAGCCAAUCAAGGAAGUUUUGGAAAAGCAUUUCCACAAGCGAAAAUGGCCGACAGUCGAGGAAAUCGCUUUUCUGGCCGACGUGUUGCAUCUGGACAAGAAAGUCUUGCGCAUCUGGUUCAGCAACCGACGCCAAAAGGAGAAAAGGAACAACAUGACGCCAGGCGAACUGAUGGAAGGCAUCCGUUUGACUGAAGCACUGGCGACGCACACUAAUAACCACAGCAACGAGGUAGACACUCUUCCAUUCACUUUAUCGGCCGUGCUAAGUUCCGAAAACGUCAAGCGCUUCUCUCUGGGUAAGCCGAACCGGAAGGCACUCCGGCGGACGGUUUUGGUGCUGGGAACCGGAGGACAAAUCCACCCGAUAUUCGUCAACCAGAUAAUCAACUACAUCGUCAACGUCGAAAAAGAGGAUAUCUUCCAAUUUCUGGUGGAAGAAGAGACUGGCCAAUCGAAUUGCAUUUCCGUCUACGACAUUCACCACGCGGAAGGAUUCCGCAUUCCGUUUUCACUGACGAUUGUGGUCACGCCUUACUCUGGCGACUCGGAAGAAGAACUUUUCAGGGAUGGAAAAGUGGCUGAAAUGUUCCGCGAGUUCAUGGACACCAGGGACGGAAUCCAGGAACUGGACAUGAUCUGCAACGUCACCGUGGACACUGGCGGAAGAAAACAACAAUUCCUGUCCAUUUUCGGUAAAGACAUGGGGAAAAACAUCAACAACUGGAAAUUGUCGGUAGAUUUCUUGUGCGACAAGGGUCCCUGGCAACCGGUGGUCCGGCAUUUCUUCACUGUGCUGGCGACUAUGAAAACAGCCUCACUUUUAACGACAAAAUUGGUUCUGAAUGAGAGAAAACGGUUGGAUGUGACGGUAGGGCAACUCCAGUCAUUAAUCGCAAAAGUGGCUCCUAAAAUGGAAGAGAUCAACGCCACAAAAAUAGAAAUGAAGCACUUUCAAGAGCAAAUAGAAACCGAAUUAAUACAUUACAAUUCUUUGCUUCCUGAACUGUGUACCCCGAGUUCCUUUUCCAUUGCGCCCGGCCUCUAUAACGAAUUAAGAUACGUCAAAGGGGAAGGUGCUGGCCAUUCGUCGAAAGAUCAAGUCAAUCGAAUGUACCGCGAAGCUAAAAUCAAAUGGAAUGAAAUAGAGUCCAGGGGAUCGCAAUUGCUGGAGUUGCUGCACAAAGAAAUCUUACAUAACGCAGCGGCCAUGAAGAUGAAUUUCAAAGACACUUGGGACUGUAUGCGGCAAAUCAACAGGAUCGCCCUUCACGGUAAUUCCUUUCUAACCCAAAGAGUCUUCGACCUCCUCUUUGACGUCGAGCAGCAUUUGAAGCAACAUUUGCCUGUCAGAAAAAAGAUGUAAAAGGAACAAGGACAUAUCAUUUCAGAAGUAGAAAUUACCAUUUGACGCAUUUUCCUACCUAACAAAUGUGUUUCAUCUGCUUGUUGCUGUGAUUGUAACCCUGUAGAUUUAGGUUUGGGUGCUGGUUUUCGGUUCAUUCUUUUUCCACCGUCGUUGGUACCUGUAUGAUAAUCAGUUGAAAUCAAAUAAAUUGUGACGGAAAUGGGAAA